UCACUUGACGCUGGAAAAAUAAGUACACACAUUGACGAUUCGAAUGUGCAAGCACAUCCUCAACGCACAGGUGACGAUCCGGGCCCAAUGUUGUCGGAAAUGGUUUGACUGUGCAGAAUGUCAUGCUGAACAGCAACCAGAUCACAAGCUAUUCAAGAGUUCGGAGAUGGUGAUGAUGUGCAAGAAGUGCAAGAAAGCGUUCCGGAAAGAUGUGGUCGACGAGUUCGAAGAGUCGGAUGAGUAUUGUCCUCAUUGUGAUAACCAUUAUAUAAUCGAGGCCAAGACGGCCAAGCCGAUGAUCGGGAUCGAAGGCGAAGACGCGAGAGUAGACCCACGAGGACUAGUCACAAGGGACGAAAGAGCACAGAAGGUCGAUCGGCAGGCUGAACUCCAUAAACUACUCGAAGAAGAAUUCGCUUCCAAGGUCGAUUGAUCAAGCAGAACAAUCAUCCCCACAAUCUUGCUAUCCCAUCAUCCCCCCCCCCUCAAAGAAAGACACCCAAAAUCAGCCCAUCCAUCGUCCCCCAGAAAUUUCUUUGGUUGGAGAUUGUCAAAUUCUUGGAGUACUUACCUAACCUUUUUAUUAUUAUAAUAUUGAUGUAAAACACCAUACUAGCAAUACCUCAAGUUCGUUGUUAUUUCUCAGAAGAAGAGUCUCAAGUCUACCGUCGAAAGUGAGUUGGAAGCUGGCUCGAUUUUCCGCUCCGAUCUUGCAAGGGUCCAACGAUGUACACUCAUGGGGCCCAGUCUUUCUGUUGUUUGAAAGAACCUCGCUUUCAGAGCAUAUCCCACUUGAAGCUCUUCAAUAGUCAAUCAAUUCAGGACGAGUUAAUUUUAAGCAAGACUAGAUGGGUUUUGUAUCAUUAAUGAAAACACGAGGAUGGGGACCGAUGGAAGAUUUCCAUCCUUCCAGACUUGAGCCAAUCCUGUAGGGUAGUUUUGGUACCAUUAUAAGCAUACAUAGUCAUACAAUACUUAUUGAAAAACAUGUUCAUGUGUGACUGUAACAAAACAAACGAUAUCUUUUGCCUCAAACAAUGAUAGACUCUUUCUUGAUCUAGCUAGUAUGCAAUAGAUGAAAUGUUUAUUUUUCUUGGCUUUUCUUUGUUUCCAUUUUGCCGUUCCAGACAGGUUGAUGUGAAGUUAAUGAUCAGCUCCAAAUUACCCGAUCACCGACUGUAUGUACCUUGUACAAAGUGUGUAAUCAGCCUACAUAACC